CUUCAUCCAACUUUCCUGUUGUCAGACUUAAACAAGGAGAGAGACAACUUCAAAUGGAUCAGAUGAGAGUUAAAGUUGAUUCUUCAACUCAAGCAACAGAGCAGACGCAAUUUCAAUCUCCUCCUUUGACUGAGAACUGUCAGAAUGAUAUUGUGAACAUCAUGCAAAGACAAAAUGACAUUGCAGCCUUACUAGUAAAACAAAACUUAUCGUCUGUUCUCCCAUCCAGAAACAUCCCUGUGUUUGAUGGGGACCCCCUACAGUACAGAUCAUUUAUGAAUGCCUUUGAGAACGGAGUGGAGGCUAAAACUGACAACUGCAGCGACUGUUUGCACUUCCUAGAGCAGUUCACCAGGGGGCAGCCUAAAGAUCUCGUGCAUAGUUGUCAACACUUAGCUUCUGAGGAAGGUUAUUCCAAAGCCAAAUAUCUUCUUGAAGAACAUUUUGGAAAUGAAAAUAAAAUCGCUUCUGCGUAUAUGGAGAAGAUUAUGAGUUGGACACCAAUAAAAGGGGAUGAUGUGAAAAGUCUACAAUCAUUCUCUCUUUUUCUUCAAGGUUGUUCAAAUCUGACACAACAAAUUGUUUACAUGAAGGAGUUGGAUUUACCUUCAAAUAUGAGAACAAUUGUCCUGAAACUUCCAUAUAAACUGAGGGAAAAAUGGAGAGUUACUGCUUAUGAGCUACAGGAGCAAACUGGUCACCGAGCAUUGUUUACUGAUCUGGUUGCUUUCAUAACAAAGGAAGUAAAAGUAGCAUCAGAUCCAGUGUUUGGCAAUAUCCAAGACCCACCAACAGGGAACAACUCCAAAGUUCCAAGUUACAGCAAGCAAAGAAAAAAGGGAAGCAGUUUUGCCACUAAUGUCAGCACAAUUCCAGAAGCCAGAACUCACUCAACUGAAAACAGGACCAAGUCUACUGUUCUUCACAGCUGCUUGUUUUGUUUACAAAGAAAUCAUCUACUGGAAAACUGUGUGCAGUUUAAAGCUAAAAUGCAUCGGGACAAGUUGACUUUCAUUAAACAAAAGGGGAUUUGUUUCAGUUGUCUGAAAGUUGGUCACACAAGCAAAGACUGCAGGAGUCGUUUGGAUUGCAAUGUGUGUCACCAAAAGCAUCCAGGGGUUCUUCACAUAGAGCAAAAGGAGCCAGGAGCCUCUUCAGAACAAAUCCAACAGACAACAAGUUAAAGUUAAAAGUCAAAAGAGCAACAAAGUUGUGC